AUGUCUACUAUCAUCAAACCGGGGGAGGUGCAAUGUUAUCACGAAGAGCUUGAAGUGGGGGAGAAAAUCACCGUGUCCUAUCAGGUUGGUGAUGGUGGAAAUUUGGAUAUUGAUUUCUGGUUUCAAAAUCCAACAAAUGCUAUUGUUAUUUCAACCACAAGAACUUCUUCCAACUCGCACACACUUCAAGCUAGUAUUGAAGGCAGAUAUACCUAUUGUUUCAGUAAUGAAUUCUCUACGAUCAGCGAAAAGAAAGUCGGUUUCAAUAUUCAUGAAAACAUCCAAAAGAUCCAUGAGAGCAUUAAAGAACACACUUAUCCUCUUGAGAAGGAAAUUGCUGAAUUGGCUGAGAGCAUCUUUGCUGUGAAGGCUCAACAGGAGUACAUUGUCGUUAGAGAGCGUCAGCACAGAGACACUGCUGAAAGCACAAAUGCCCGUGUCAAGUGGUGGUCUAUCACUCAGUUAGGCUUAUUAGUUUCUGUUUGUCUUUGGCAAGUAUACUAUCUUAAACGCUUCUUUGAAGUCAAAAGAGCUGUUUAA